AUGAACAUCAUUCGCCCUCCGAAUAAGUCGAAUGGCCCAGAGAAAACAUCUCGAUUACACUUCCUGGUCCCAGCAAGUGUCUCAAACCUUCGUCUUUGCUACAAUUUGGUCUCGGCGGCAGUCAACAGAUAUCCAGUUCCCACGCUUCUAGGCUGGAAUGGUCAGGGGGAGCUUGAUGCUGCCCAAACACACCUCGCCAAAUUACGUACCAUGAAGCGAUAUUUGGAUUCUCUUGAUCCAGAAGAAGAUGACGAUCUUGUCAUAAUGGUUGAUGGAUACGACAUUAUACAACAACUCCCGGUCGAGGUCAUGGUUGAACGCUACUUUGAUGUAGCGCAAAAGGCCGACAUUCACCUAGCGAAACGAAUGGGCAUCUCCGUCACAGAACUCCAUGAAAGAGGCAUGAAGCAAACUGUCUUUUGGGGCCCGGACAAGAUUUGCUGGCCACAGGAUCCGGCAGCUGGACGUUGCUGGGCUGUCCCGCCCUCGUUUCUAAGAGAGAAUGCUUUCGGCACAGAUAAGGGGCCGCAUGACAUAUUCGCCAAAGACCCCCGCUGGCUCAACUCUGGUACCGUCAUGGGUCCUAUCGAUGACAUGAGAAAAGUGAUAGAUGCUACCAUGGACGAGAUUGCGGCGACACACAAUGCCUACUUCCGGCACUCCGAGUCUGACCAGUAUUAUCUGGCCAACGUUUGGGCUCGGCAGGAAUAUUCGCGAUCGAAGCAAAUUGCUAACGGGUCAGAGGUAAAGGGAGGGCCGCCGAAUCGCAUACUUCCCGAGAAGAUAUCAGAAUCACAAGAGACGGAGCUUCAUAUAGCUAUCGAAUACGAUUCAGCUCUCUUCCAGCCUCAGGCAGGAAACGAUCCGUUUUUGGGCUACCUCGAGUACAAUAACGCGUCCUACACAAGUCGAGUACACGUUGACAUGUUUGAGCAGGGGAGGAAAUUCGUGCCAUACACAGUCCAGAUGCCAAACAACGUUCGAAUGGCGUUGAUGAAACUGUACAAUUCUAUUCCCAAGACACUCGCCGGUGCGCCAGCAGAAAAUUGGGUGCGAGAAGUGCGCCUUGCCACAAACUUUGUAACAAAACAAAUUUACGGGACCUGGCAUUGCACAGGGCCCAAAGACUCUAUUGAUUCAGAGUUCCGCAAGAUGUGGUUCUAUCCGUUUGUCCCAAUUCUUCUCAGGGAGUCUGUUCGGUCGUCUCAAAAGGAGGAUAUCAUCUCUCCCAAUGUGAUAGAUGGACGGAGGUGGGUGGCCAAAUCUGUUUAUCCCAGGGACGAGGAAUUAGUGGGCGAAUACGGAGGCGCCUGGUCAGACGAAGAGGUUGGCGGGAGGUUUAUUCCUUGGAAAGACAUGUGUGGCGAUCAUGAAGACUUUCUCUUCUGGGGCCAGCAGGACACGGGGAUUCAAGAGGACGAGUACAUACACACUUGA